AUGAGCCGGACGGAUAUGGUUCACUACGUGGAUGUGAGAGGCGGGUGGGACGGGGGGGAGUGCGCGUGGUGCUUCGACCGCGCAGUGGCCUACCGCUCUGAACACGUUCUGGGUAAAACCAGUGCCUUGUCCUUCCUGCUGCACCUGCACCGCGGUCAGUCGCCCGCCAUCCCCCCCGCUCCCCCGAGCCGGCCCUCCCGGGCAAUGCUUGACUUCUCCUGGAGCGUUCCCGUGCAGCGGCUGGGGGGACAGCAGGGGGGGCAAGGCGGACAGCAGGGGGUGGCGCCUCGCGAGCAGCUGGUGUGGAAGUGCGAGCAGGCGCCGCUGCUGUGCGUGCAGGCCAUGCUGCUCGAGUGGCUGGCUGAGCCGCGUGUGGGCGUGCUCAUGGACCUGGGGAAGAUCCGAUCCCGCCUGCCUGCCAUCCUGGGCUACACACCUGCUGCUGCAGCUUCCUCUGCUCCUACCGCGCCUGCUACAUCUUAUGCUGAAGCUUCUAUAGCGGCCGAUGGAGGUUCUGCCGGGGAUUCCCCUGCUGCCCCUGCCCAUACUCAACCUGCUGCUCCAGUGUGGUCGUGCUGCUGGCGCUGCAGCGGCUGCUGGGCUGCGUACCGCCGUGCUGUGAGCUUCGCGGCCUUCCUUGUGCUGGUGGCGAGGUCCCCGCGCGUCACAACGCUGUGGAAAAGCCACAUGGAUCGCUCUGAGACAUUCACCGCCAUCGUCACCGCACUGGGAGCUGGCAGGCACGCACAGCCGGACUGCUUCGCGUCCAUUCUGGUGCAGGUGCUGGGAGUGAAAGAGAGCGCUGACCUGCAAGAGGGGUUUGGGUACUUUCUGCAGCACCUGCUUCCAGGGGGGGCGGAGAAGGCGGCUGGGAAGGGGCAGGAGGAGGGGAGGGGAGGAACGGGGAAGAAAGCUGCGGCUUUGGGCAAUGCGGGGCCGGCUGCAACGGCUGCGAUGCGGCUGAUGGGCGGUGGCAGGGGAUCGGAAGGCAUAUGGGGAAGCAAUGCUGGGCGCGGGUCAGGGGAUGAGGAGGAUGGGGGAGAAGAUGGCGGCAGGCAGGGGCCAGUGGGUGGUGGCGGUGAGGGUGGUGGGGAUGGGCACGGCGGGCAGUGGAGGGAGAAUUUGAAGGGGCGUGAGUGGGAGAGGUAUGUGGAUGGCAUGGCUUGGAUUCUGGAGCAGGAAGGGGGGGAAGGGCGGGAGUUCCGGUGCAGCCACUGCAGUGAGGGGGGCGGUGGCAGCAGUGGCGGCCUACUGGCGUCAGUGCUGUCGCUGCCAGAGCACUACGAGGACCAGUCAUUGCUGGUGGAUGGCAACAACGCUAGCAAGUCCAAAGUGGAAAACGCCACUAUUUAUGAGGCCAGGAACAGGCUGAGAAGGGAGGUGGGUGAGAGGGGGAGAGUGUGUAAAAGCAGUGGUUCAGAUGCCACUGGUGCAGCCACCACUGCUGCUCCUGCGCCUGGCUCUUCCUCCGCACCCUCCGACUCCACUGCUGGCUCUACUGCCGCCACUGCUGUCACCACCUUGCCUUCUGUCACUGCAACAACCCUGCUGCUCAGCUUCGGCGCCAUCCCCAAGCCUCUCGAGGGAAGCGGCUUCUCCCUGGAGUGGGAUGAGUGGCCGCAUGGCGAUGAAGCUGCUGUGAAGUUUCCCGACGACCCGAGUGCCCGUUGCUUUGGACUUGGCAUUGUGGGGGAGAGUGGGAUGGGAGAGGAGAGGGGCACUCAGAGUGGCUCAACAGAGGAGAGUGAGGUGACUGAAGAGAGUGGGGCAGCGGAGGAGGGUGAGCAGGGGUCAUCAGAGCCUGUGCAACGUGCAGUAGGGAAGGGUAAGGCUGGGAAGGGUAGAGGGAAGAAGGGGAAAGGAGGGAAGGGCAGUGGCGGCAAGAAGGUGGAAGAAGAGGCCGAAACAAUCACAAGGCGUGGGAUGAUGGGGCAAGGAGGUUCCAGUUCCAGGCAACCCCGCCUGCCCAUCAUUCGCUGCCGUGCCGAUGUGGAUUUUCUUCUGGCCCUCCUCGGGCCCUUGAUUAUGGUUCCCAAGUGCUCGCACUGCAUCAAAUGCCUCGGCACCUUCAUCUACCACGUGCCCUGCUGCGCUCUCAUCGCCAACUUCGCCUAUCACCCCGUCGAGGCUCUUUUCUUGCGCUUUCUCUCCGCCUACCCCGCGCACUCCCGCGAAUUCGACCAGCUGUUCAAGGCGCUGCUGCUGCGCUCGCCUCUCACCGUGGCGGAGCACAUCAGGCUGAUCAACGAGGGCAGCCCUGCCGGCGUGCGGAGGGGCAUGAGUGCGCUGCGCCAUCGGGCGGAGCAGAUGCGGGAGCUUCCUCAAGAUCCGGGCAUGAGGGAGCGUGUGAUGCUUCUCAAGGCGCGGCAGAUGCCGCUCUUCUUCCUGCUGGGCGUGGCUGUAUACUAUUCCAAGCCCAUCAUGGGUAUGUCUGAUGAAGAGGAGUUGGUAUUAGAUACCGGGGAUGGGAGGAAGCGGGGGAAUGGAGGCAGGGUAGGGGUUGCGGAUGGUGGGGAGGAGGGCGAGGAGGAAGAGGAGGACGACGGGGAGGUAUGGCUUGAGGUGAAAUCGUGGGGCUUUGACAUGCUGUCCGCCUGGCGGGCCAUGACCAAGGUCAUGGGGCCGGGACUGGACGUGACGUGCGGCAGGAGCAGCAGCAGCGAUGUGCUGCCCAGGAAGGCAGGAGCGCCCAUGUCCAGGGAGUGGGGCGUUGACAUGUGGGCCCAAGCUGCUAUACCCAGGUUCCGUGAAGACAUGCCGGCGGGACAGGGUGGGUCUGGGAAUGAUGGUGGGGACAGCAGCAGGAGGAGUGGCAGCAGUGGGAGCGGUGGUGGGAAGAGUGAGGGAGAGGAGAAAAAGGGGGAAGAGCCGGCUUAUCUGAAGCCUUGGCCAGGGGGGAUCAAUCUGGUGGCGUGUCUGCGAGAGAUGCUGCUAGGGGAGGUGUGCUACCGGCCUGCCCCCACUUCUGCGUCUUCCUCCCAUCCUGCAGCACCAAACGCGUCUGUCUCUUCCGGUCCCGCUGCCUCUUCCGCCCCUGCUGCUCCAAGCUCUAAUCCUGCAGCAAGCAAUGCGGCUGCAUCCGUUUCAGUUGCAAAUGGACCUGGUGCUGCUACUCGUGGGGGGCGUGUGUGCGGUGCUGCAGGGUGUGGGAGGGUGGAAGGUGGUGGUGUGAAGCUGAGAAACUGCACUGGGUGUGGCAAGGUGGCGUAUUGCAACAGAGAGUGCCAGAAGGCGCACUGGCCCUCCCACAAGCUCACGUGCCCCGGCAGGACCAGCGGCAAUAGGAGUGGGACCAACAGCGGCAAGGUGAGGGGAAUUGGUGUUGUGAGUGGUGUUGUGAGUGGUGUUGUGAGUGGUGUUGUGAGUGGCAUUGUGAGUGGUGUUGUGAGUGGUGUUGUGAGUGGUGUUGUGAGUGGUGUUGUGAGUGGUGUUGUGAGUGGUGUUGUGAGUGGCAUUGUGAGUGGUGUUGUGAGUGGUGUUGUGAGUGGUGUUGUGAGUGGUGUUGUGAGUGGUGUUGUGAGUGGCAUUGUGAGUGGCAUUGUGAGUGGCAUUGUGAGUGGCAUUGUGAGUGGUGUUGUGAGUGGUGUUGUGAGUGGUGUUGUGACUCGUGAGUGUGGCAUUGUGAGUGGCAUUGUGAGUGGUGUUGUGAGUGGCAUUGUGAGUGGUGUUGUGAGUGGCAUUGUGAGUGGUGUUGUGAGUGGCAGUAACUCCAGCAAGGUGAGCGGCAGGCAGGAGGGAGGUGAAGGCGAUGGACAGGGGGGUGGUGAAAGUAUGCGCAUCGUCAUCAUCAACACCCACUGUCAUCUGCUGGGUGGAUAUGCAGUAUGCGCAUCGUCAUCAUCAACGCCCACUGUCAUCUGCUGGGUGGAUAUGCAGUAUGCGCAUCGUCAUCAUCAACACCCACUGUCAUCUGCUGGGUGGAUAUGCAGUAUGCGCAUCGUCAUCAUCAACACCCACUGUCAUCUGCUGGGUGGAUAUGCAGUAUGCGCAUCGUCAUCAUCAACACCCACUGUCAUCUGCUGGGUGGAUAUGCAGUAUGCGCAUCGUCAUCAUCAACACCCACUGUCAUCUGCUGGGUGGAUAUGCAGUAUGCGCAUCGUCAUCAUCAACACCCACUGUCAUCUGCUGGGUGGAUAUGCGGUAUGCGCAUCGUCAUCAUCAACACCCACUGUCAUCUGCUGGGUGGAUAUGCAGUAUGCGCAUCGUCAUCAUCAACACCCACUGUCAUCUGCUGGGUGGAUAUGCAGUAUGCGCAUCGUCAUCAUCAACACCCACUGUCAUCUGCUGGGUGGAUAUGCAGUAUGCGCAUCGUCAUCAUCAACACCCACUGUCAUCUGCUGGGUGUAA